GUUUAGCUUUGUAUUCGUUUUAGUUAGUAAAAAGUGUUAAAAUGUGCUCUAGAAAGUGUUCGGUUUGCUUCACGAGGAGCGAUAAUUUAAUAGACAUUAGCCAAGUAGAUGAAGGGACCACAAUACUAUCGAAAUUACAAUAUCUAGUCCCUGAAAUAAAUUGGCCAAACGAUUCAAAACUUUGUAGUACAUGUGUGUCAGACCUAAAAGUAGCUUGCAAAUUCAGAGAACAAUGUUUAAAUAUAAGAGUAAAAUUAAAAGAGGAAAUCGAAAUGGAAGAGGAUGCUUAUGUUGACUACAAUGACAUGAAGCUCGAUUACGGUUCGGAUUCAGAAGAAGAAAAAUUCAAAACAAAGGAUGGUCAACAGUAUUUUAUAUGUUUCCACUGUAACGAUAGGCAUACAUCAAAAGAAGAACUAAUCGAACAUAUUCAAAACAUGCAUCACAAUGAACAAAAAGACCUCAGAUACAAAAGAAAAACUAUGUGUCCCCAAUGUGGAAGACGUUUUGCUAAAGAAUCAUCGAUAAAAGAGCAUUUGGAAGUUUGCGAUGGUAUCAGAAGGCAUCGGAAAGUCAAAACCCAGCAUCAGUGUCAUACGUGCCAAAAAUUCUACAGUACUAUGAAGAUUUUGAAAGCCCAUCAAAAGACGUGCGAUGAAUCGAAUGUUAAGAAAACCGAUUACCAAUGCCCGAAAUGCUUCAUAUUCUACAAAAACGCGAAAAGACUGGAAAAUCAUGCUAAACAAGGGUGCAAAAAGGAAGGAAAAGAACCCUUUUAUCUCUGUAAAAGAUGUGAAGGUAUUUUCAACUCAGUAAUAGAUCUAAAAGACCACCUUUUGAAAAUCCACAAUGUUGUCGAUUACCAAUGCGAAAAAUGCGACAAGAUUUUUGAAACCAACGAUGAAUAUAAUACACACAAACACAAUGAACAUAAAAAAGUUUCUGUCAAAAGGACUUUUACUUGCCAAGUAUGUUCCACUGAAUUCGAUCUGUUGAAAGAUCUCACCGAUCAUUGCAUAAAUGCCCAUUCCUUGGAUGAAAAAUCAAUUCGACCUUAUUCCUGCGAAUUGUGUCAAAAAAGAUUUCGUUCGUCUACAAAUUUGGUUAAUCACAAGUUAUACCACGAAGGAAACCGCACCCACAUCUGCAGCAUGUGCGGCAAAAGCUUCAUUACCAAAAGCGAUCUCAUAAACCACGAAAUAACUCACUACGAUAAGAAGAACUACGGUUGCGAUAAGUGCGGCAAAGCCUUCAAAACUAGGAAUAAUUUGUGCACUCAUUAUCUAAUCGUACACACGGAUCCGCUGUUGUGGCGAUUCGUAUGCAAAGUGUGCGGAAAACGAUCUCCUUUAAAAUCAAAUCACGAUCAGCAUACCAGAAGGCACACGGGCGAGAAGAAUUUCGUAUGCUCGUUGUGUAAGAAACAAUUCGCCAGUAAGAGGGAAAUGCAAGUGCACAUACUGUGCCACAGUAACGUUAAAAAACACAAAUGCGACCAGUGCGGUAAGGAAUACAGGAAAAAGCACACUUUGGACAUUCACUUGAAGAAAUCCCACGGCAUCGGUAACGCUAAAAUUCCUGUAAGAGUUCGUAAACACGCUUGCCACAUUUGCUCGGCAAGGUUCUACGAUAAAAUUAAAUUGGCCAGGCAUCUUUGCACUCAUUCCGGAUUGAAACCAUUCACGUGUUACGCUUGCGAAAAGAAAUUCACCGAUAAAUCGUAUCUGAAACAUCAUUUAAAGACGGCCCAUAACAUUUAUGAGGACCCCAUGAAUUCGGUGGGAUCGAUGAUGAUUCUCCAUAAGGUUGAAGAUAUGCCUGUUAGUUAAGGUUUAUGUACUUUAUUUUUCUACAAUUGUUUGAAAAUGUGUUUGCGUCUGUAAAUAUAGAGUCUUGAUUGAAGUUUG